CGUAUAAUUUCUUUUUCUAUUAUUAAUACAUGGAACGAAUUCUGAAUCUGUUGUGAAUACAUAAAGUGUGGUUUUUUCAAGAAUAUCAGAUUUAUUUUAGAUUUUUAUCAAUAUUUUACUAAUUUUAUAACAAAUAAAUAAAAAUGUUUCGGCAAGUUAUUCCACAAAUGAUUAGAAAUAGUCGUACCAUUAAAAAUAUUCAAACUUCUACUGAUAUUGAUGUUAAUAUGAAAUUAGAAAAAUCUAUAAAUCAAGUUACUUUAUUAGGAAGAGUAGGAGGCGAGGCACAGAAAAAGGGUAGUAAUGAACAUCCUGUUGUUAUUUUUUCUCUUGCCACACAUAAUAACUAUAAAUAUACGAAUGGAGAUAUUGUACAGCGAACAGAUUGGCAUAAAAUAUGCGUUUUUAAACCAAAUUUACGUGAAAAUGUAUAUACUUAUUUAAAAAAGGGUCAAAGAGUAUUAGUUUCAGGAAAAAUAAGUUAUGGAGAAUACAAAGAUGAAGAAGGUGCUAUUAAAUCAACUACUGCAGUAAUAGCAGAUGAUGUAAUAUUUUUUCAUCAUAAUAAUUAG